AGAUCCCUCCUUCACUUGGACUUGGACGACUUUCUCCUCUCGCCGCGUCUGUGUCCAGCACCAGCGAAACUCUUUCGGCUCACUCUCGUCUGUGGGAGCAGCUGGCGAGACGCACGCGGGCUUCUGUGGCGCCUCCUCGGUGGGCAACAUGAGGAGUCCGCGGAGAAAGCAGGUGAGCCCUGCUCAGGGCGUGGUCUGCUAAAAUGCUGGGUAAGGCUAAGCCCACGGCCAGCAACCUCAACCUGGUGAACUCAGAAGUUUCUGACGGCGCUGCACUCGAGACGCAGGACGACAUGGCUGACCUCGUGGAGAGCCUCGACGCUCGAGAUCUGGACAUCGAGGAAGGAGAUGAGAUCGACAGUGAGCUGAAUUUAGGGGGCACCCGCAUCCCAUUCUCAGCUGUGUACCACACGGUGGGCUUCAAGGAGGCCUCUGCCAAGGUCUACCUGCCCACUGUUCCGAUUACCGCGCGCAUCCUGGAGGUGGAGAGAUUCAACACGGCGCAAGAUCGCUUCAACCAGUCCCAGCAGCGCAGCGUCAACAAGUCGAUGCCUGCGGUGUUCAAGAUCGAGCUGACGCAUGGCGACUUCACCUGGGUGGUGAAGCGGAAGGAGAAGCAUUUCCUGGAGCUGCACAAAGAGCUGCGGACGUACAAGACCUUAAUGAGGAUCCCACUGCCGUCACGCAGCCACACAGUGAGGAGGAAAUCGGUGAGGAAGAGUGAAGUCAGGGAGAUGCCCAUCCUCCCGAGAGGAGGAGGAGACGACCUGGUGCGGGACGAGCAAGUCUCCAGCCGCAGGAGACAAUUAGAAGACUAUUUGAACAAGCUGCUGAGGAUGGCCUUGUACCGCAAAUACCACCACACUAUGGAGUUCAUAGAUGUCAGUCAGAUGUCCUUCAUUCAUGACUUGGGGCCCAAAGGACUGGAAGGCAUGAUUCAUAAGCGCUCGGGAGGACACCGGAUCCCGGGGAGCAACUGUUGCGGCCACACCAAGGCCUGUUACCGCUGGUCCAAACGCUGGCUGGUGGUGAAGGACUCGUUCCUGCUCUACAUGAAGCCCGACUCUGGCGCCAUCUCCUUCGUCAUGCUGGUGGAUAAAGAGUUCAGCAUCAAGAUGGACUCGAAGGAAACCGAGACCAAACACGGCGUCCGCAUCGACAGCUUGUCCAGGUCUCUGGUGUUUAAGUGCUCCAGCUACAGACACGCUCGCUGGUGGGGUCAGAGCAUCGAGAACUUUGUCAGGAGUAACGGAAGGGCCUUCCUCAGAGAACACCGCUUCGGAUCCUUCGCGCAGCAGCAGGAGGAUAUUAAAUCCAAAUGGUACGUGAACGGAAAGACGUACAUGGAGGACGUGGCCGAGGCAUUGGAGAGCGCCAAGGAGGAGAUCUUCAUCACAGACUGGUGGCUCAGUCCAGAGAUCUUCCUGAAGAGACCAGUGGUUGAGGGGAACCGCUGGAGACUGGACUGCAUCCUCAGACGGAAAGCUCAACAAGGAGUGCGUAUCUUUGUGAUGCUCUACAAGGAGGUGGAGCUGGCCCUGGGCAUCAACUCGGGCUACAGCAAGCGGACCUUAAUGCAUCUUCAUCCCAACAUCAAGGUGAUGCGCCAUCCUGAUCACGUCUCCUCCUCGGUGUAUCUGUGGGCUCAUCACGAGAAGAUCAUUGUCAUCGAUCAGUCCGUGGCCUUCGUUGGAGGGAUCGAUUUAGCGUAUGGCCGCUGGGACGACAGCGAGCACCGCCUGACGGAUGUUGGCAGCGUGACGCGCUCCGUGGCCCUUGAGCAGGCAGCUUCCAACAACAAUCCCCCCAGUUUACGCCUGUCUUUUGAUGGGGUCAUCGAGAGGAACGGGCAGGGAACCCCCGCUGGUGACCCCGCAGAUCUACCCCGGCUGAAGGGAAUCGGGCGCAACAGGCGAGCCCGCUUCAGCCUGUACCGACACCUCCAGAAACACGCUCUGCAGCACGCCGACAGCGUCAGCAGUGUCGACAGCUCAGGGAGUGGUUCGGUGCGGAGCCUGAAGACUGGUGUGGGGGAGCUGCAGGGAAACACGCGCUUCUGGCACGGAAAAGACUACUGCAACUUUGUCUACAAGGACUGGAUCCAGCUGGAAAAACCUUUCGAUGACUUCAUCGACAGGUACACCACGCCCAGGAUGCCCUGGCACGACAUCGCCUCAGCGGUCCAUGGCAGAGCCGCACGGGACGUCGCCAGACAUUUCAUUCAGCGCUGGAACUUUACCAAGAUCAUGAAGCCAAAGUACCGCUCCCUGUCGUACCCGUUCUUGUUGCCCAAAUCUCAGUGCACUGCCGACGACCAUGGAUACCAAAUCCCUGGCAGCGUCACCGCCAAGGUGCAGGUGUUGCGGUCAGCAGCCGACUGGUCCGCUGGGAUCAAGCACCAUGAAGAGUCCAUCCACAAUGCUUACGUCCAGGUCAUCGCCAAGAGCAAACACUACAUUUACAUUGAGAACCAGUUCUUCAUCAGCUGCACUGACAACAAGACGGUCUACAACAGGAUCGGAGACGCCAUCAUCGAGCGGAUCAUUCGAGCCCACAAGGAGGGCAAGAAGUACCGGGUGUAUGUGAUCACGCCUCUGCUUCCUGGUUUCGAGGGCGACAUCACCACAGGAGGAGGGAGCGCGAUCCAGGCCGUCAUGCACUACAACUACAGAACCAUCAACAGAGGAGACUACUCCAUCAUCUCACAGCUGAAGAAGGAGAUGGAUGACCAGUGGAUAAACUACAUCUCCUUCGCUGGCCUGCGGACUCACGCUGAGCUGGAGGGACGUCUGGUGACCGAGCUCAUCUACGUCCACAGCAAGAUGCUCAUCGCUGACGACAACACAGUCAUCAUCGGCUCGGCGAACAUCAAUGACAGGAGCAUGCUGGGGAAACGGGACAGCGAGGUGGCAGUGAUAGUGGAAGACUCUGAAACUGUUCCGUCAUUGAUGGACGGUCAGGAGUACCAGGCCGGUCGCUACGGCCUGCAGCUCCGUCUGGAAUGCUUCAGGACGAUCCUUGGGGGCCACACGGACUCCACCAUUGAGCUGUCGGACCCCAUCAGCGAUCACUUCUACAAGGAAGUGUGGAUGGCCACUGCUGGACGCAACGCCACCAUAUAUGAGAAGGUGUUCCGCUGCCUCCCUUCGUCCCUGGUGAGGAACAUGGCGGAGCUGGAGCAGUACCAGUCCAUCCUCGGUUUGGCCCAAACGGACAAAGCCCGCGCUCAAGAGGAGCUGCGAAAAAUCCGAGGAUUCUUGGUUCAGUUUCCGCUGGAAUUUCUGGCCGAGCAAAACCUCAUGCCGUCCGUCGGGACAAAGGAAGCCAUGGCUCCGACCGAGCUGUGGACGUAGAGAUUCUUAGAUUCUUCUUUGGGAAUCAUACGUCGAAGAGAUGAGAAACCCGUCGUCGGGAAAUCUGUGGAAUAUGUCGUGGCUGCUCGGGGAUACAACCAGAGCUGCUUUUCAACUCCACGUACGGACGUCACGCUGCCAUCAGGGGACCAGGUUUCAACACUAACACAAUGAACUGGUCCUUUCAGAUGCUGUUGAUUUAGGGUUUUACUUCUGCAUGAGUUAGUCAGGUAAUGUCAUCAUGCCAGUGCAGCAUUUUUAACUGGAGUCCCUAUAUUUUAUAUUUAAAAAAAUCCUCUGAAGUGCAGAGCAAGAAAUUUAAUAUUAUUGGCGUCAAUAAAAUGUAUUGCCUCCUUCUCCCCCCCAGAUGGCGCCAUUUCAGUUUAGUUACACCUUUAUUUUUGUAACGAACCACUGCUUGCGAGGAGAAAUUCAAGAAUGCAUUUGGAUAAUAUUAGGACCAUGUGACUCGUUUUGCGAGGCUUAUUCUUUAGUAAAUCUCCAGUUAAAAAUAAUAUAAUAUAAAGAAAACGGUUAUAAUGUUUUCCUCUCGUGGGUUUCUGUGUUUUGGUUAAAAAUAAUUGGAUAUCCAUUUCAGUGCAAUACAUAAACGGAAUAUUUCAAAUUACUUUUAUGAAUUUUUAAGUUUUAAAUGUGUUUAUAUUUCCUCUUUGUUUUAAAUAAACUGCUCGGCGGUGAUAACUAACAUGUUUUGGUCUUUCAGGUGGUCAGUGUCCCUGUUUUUUUUUUUUUUUCUUUUUUUUUUUUUCUAUGAGUGUGACCUUUAGACUUUAAAUUCUAACUUAAUAUGAACGUUUUGUAAUCCAUCAUGGCUUCACUUAUUCCCUGCAAUGUGAUCGUUAAAAACCACUCUAUAUGAAUUCAGGCGUAAAAGUUCAAUUUGUGGUUGCAGAUGAAGAUUGUGAAAAACUGCUGGACUUUAUUUUCGUCAGCAUGGGACCAGAAUAUUCAAGUAAUGCAAGUGAAGGUAUUGUGUUUCAUAACGUUGCUGAAAACUAUAUCAACAUUUCUUGUUUUCCAUUGUUUAGCUCUUCAUACACAAUAUCUUUUGUACACUUUAAAAUAUCCAGUCAUGUAUUGAUCACAGAGAAGUUGUGGGAAUCACAAAUAUGAAGCGUCCCUUUUUUUAAACGUGGGAUUUUCCAUGGAGUCCUUGAACUGCACGUCUUGUUCAAAAAUAAAAAUGAA